CUCUUCCCUCUCUUCCUGUCCCGUGCGGAUGUUUCGGUCAGGCCCUGCUCAGGGGCUUAGGUAAUUCUUGUCGCCCCCACUCAAUCACCAAGGCUACGCGCGAAUACCCUGACAGGAUAGAUCUCGACCUGUUGCCCACGUGCUGCGCUCUUCCUUUUAUCACUUCGUGAUGCAGGACAUCCUGGAAAUCCCUCACCAACACAGGGGCCCCAAAGUUGGCCCGGGUGUCGGGGACGCCGUGAACCAGUGUCAUUUCUAUCAACACCCGCGAGGAGCCGCUGGCGCAGCUCGCAUCGACCCAGCAGUUCCGCAGGCUUCUGAGCAUCGGGCAGAGCCCCCCGAUCCAGGAGGUCAUCCAGGCGGGGGUCGUGCCGCGCUUUGUCCAGUUCUUGAGGACGGUCUCGCGGCCGGACCUGCAAUUCGAGGCUGCGUGGGUGCUCACGAACAUUGCCUCUGGGACUGCAGAGCAGACCAGGGUCGUCGUCGAGCACGGGGCGCUGCCCGUGUUCGUGGAGCUGCUCCAGUCCCCCAGCGAUGAAGUGCGCGAGCAGGCGGUGUGGGCGCUGGGCAACAUCGCCGGCGACUCCCCGAGCUUCCGCGACCUCGUGCUGCAGAGCGGAGGCCUGAGCGCCGUCAUCAUGGUCCUGCAGGCGUCGCCACGGAGAGAGAAGGGGGGGGCCUGGAGGCAAGGGGUCCUGUGUGUGCUCCCCCGUCGUCGGCCUCCCAGGUCCCUCCUGGGGCCCCCGGGAUCGUCAGUCAGCAGAAAGACUCGGGAUGAAGCACAUGUUUUUGGGAAAGGCCCAAGGAUCCAGGACUUGCUUCCCCCAGGGCCUGUUUCUCCCAUGACGCAGGCGUCCGAGAGGGUUACCCUGCUGCGAAACGCCACUUGGACACUGUCCAACCUGUGCCGAGGGAAGCCGCUGCCGCCAUUCGAGUGGGUGUCCCCAGCCCUUGGUACGCUGGCGAGUCUCAUCCACUCUGCAGACGUCGAGGUGCUCGCGAAUGCGUGCUGGAACUUGUCGUAUCUUGCCGACGGCCCGAACAACUGGGUAGAGGCGGUGACCAACGCUGGCGUUUGCCCGCGCCUCGUGGAGCUCUUGUCGCACAGCUCGCCGCUGGUACAAACGUCCGCACUGCGGGCCGUGGGCAACGUUGCCACGGGGCUCAACCGCCAGACGCAGGUGAUCCUGGAGAGCUGUGCGCUGCCCGCACUGCUCAAGCUGCUCGCGCACACAAGCAGGGCGAUUCGGAAGGAGGCCUGCUGGACGAUAUCCAACAUUACUGCGGGUAGCCAGGAGCAGAUCCAAGAAGUUAUCGAUCAAGGACUCAUGGUUCCUGUCAUUGGCUUAUUGCAGACUGGCGACUUCGACGUCAAGAAGGAGGCCGCAUGGGCGAUCAGGAACGCGCUUUCUGGCGGCUCACAGCAGCACAUCGAGCAUUUGGUGGCGCGUGGGUGUACCAAGCCCAUGAUGGAUUUGCUCUCCAUCCCCGAUGUCAAGAUCACAGCAGUGGCGCUCGAAGCCGUCGAGAUAAUUCUGAACGCGGGCAAGCGGAUGCAGCUGACGCUUGACCUUCCAGAGAAUCCGUUCUGUACGCUCGUGGAACAGUUCGAGGGCGAGAGGAAGAUCGAGGCACUGCUGGAAGACCCCAACGAGGAUGUGUACCGAAAAGCUAGGGGCAUUCUCGAACAGCACUUCGCCGGCGAUGGCGACGAUGCCGAAAUAGCAGACGCUGACGCAGGGGGCGCUGGGAUCUCCGGCGCGCAGGUGCCGCCAGGGGGCUUCGCCUUCGGGGGCAUGAGCAUCCGCGACGAUGCCGAGAUGGCGGGCGCCAGAGGGGUCGCCGGAUUCUUGAGCGCGCAGGUGCUUCCUCCACCUCCUCCUCCUCCUCCUCCUCCUCCUCCUCCUCCUCCUCCUCCUUAAUACGACCUCUGGUUGUGCUGGAUUUUGAAGCGUGGCCGGCAGGGCGCUUCUGUAUCAGUCUCUCGUAGGCCGCCGCGCCUGCGUGCCUCGGCGAGUGCAGCGGCCCGAAGUCGGCCAGGCCCGCCCCGUCGAAGGCCUGGCGCCGCGCUCCGCGGCACCUGUCCUGCGAGAUCGGGACCCCCGUCUUUCCCCUGUUCGGGGGAGGGCUUUUAUCACGGUCCUCUGAGAGCAUGUCCAGCCACUCUAGCCAAUCUCGUGAAACACUCGGCGAAUCACUCGGAGCGCGCAACUGGCUCUCCGCAGGUGCCUCCCAGUGGCUUCGCCCUCGAAGGCAUGGACACCCAGGAGCGCUAGGCACGGGCGGCCGCCGGGCAGGCGCCCCCUUGGCAGGCCGAGCGGCGGCCGGCCCGCACGAGGCCGCGUCGCCGGAGAGCCGCGAGCUGCAGACCGAGAGGCAGUCGCCGCCCCCCCUCGUGCCACCUCCCCGCUACUGCGACCGCCAGGACCAGACGUGCAGACCGAGCGGCGGUCGACCAGAACGAGGCCGUGCCGGCGGCAAGCUGGAGGGCUGAGCGGCAAUGUGAUUCCCGGGUGUUGGGCACAAUUUUGGGCAACUUCAGAGAUUCCUGAGCCAGACCGAGUUGGCAGCGAGCUCUCGCGCGGGGAUCGCGCCGCGGCAGGCCAGGCAGUAGCAGGCGGCUCCGUCGCGCCUUGCCUGCUGGCGGUGCACAGGCACACCGAGCUUGGAGAGGGGAGCGCUCCCUGAGCCAGCCUCCUCGUGUCGGGUUUGAAGCGGCACUGCGCGCUGGAGCCAAAUGGAACGGCUCAGAGAAGUUGGCGACACCUUGGGCCCAGGACACGUCUGUCGCCACGGAGG